AUGAAUAGUUCCGGCUCGCACCCGGCCAGUUUCUUCCUUCCACCGUUCCUUAUCCAAACAUUCUGUUCUUUUUCCUCAGAUAACGUUCAUCGCCACAACCAUCCAAUCCACCGCCUCCACUCUCUCCAUACCUUUACUCAUGUUAUUCCUUUUCCCACGUUGUUUUGUUCACCAACAAUCACAACAACAGAAGCACGAUCUCUUUCUUCCAUAUGUUGGGUGGUGGUGAGUAGGGCUGUGGAGGAGGGCAGAAAUAUAGAACUGAUGAUCUACAAUCCACCUAAAUUUGUAGUAUCGGCUUCGAAUUAUUACUCCUUCUACCCCUUCUGUCACUCCGGUCUUCGAUUUUCUAUCAUCACCUCUGGCUACAAGUCGUCGCGUCGUGGGGAAAACCUCCGGUUUAGCCCCACCUCGGCUCACAGACAUGGAAGAACCUUUUCCUUCUCUUUGUCAGUUGAAGGUGCUGAUGUCAGCAUAAUGUUACAGAUACUUAUAGGUUAUAUUAUACCACAGGGAUUUAGAAAGGCUGGUGAAAGUGGAUUUACAAAAUUCACAGACUGGAUUGGCAACUUCGGAGAAACAAAAGUCAAAUGAUAAGAUUGUUGAAGUUGGUAUAUGAUAAAAAGGUUCGAGUCUACUUGUGAAAAAAUCGAAAUUGGAUGUAGCAAAAAGGUGGAAAAUGGAUAUUUCAAAUCAGAAAACCAGAAGGAGAAAUAUAUGAUACUUCUCAUAAAAGGAUGCCAUUUGUGCCCAGACUUGCUUUGAUCAAGCGGUAAAUGCUUUUGGAUCACUAUUAAUGAUCUUCUUACAGCAAGUCCCAAGACUUAUACUUAACUAUGAGAGAAUUAUCUCAGCAUAAAGCAUGCACAACCACGAAGUGAAAUGCAAAAGGAAUGUGAAAAGAAGUCAGUAUAAAGGUUACUUUAUAGAAGUGAUGGUGAUUAUGUUGAAAAGAAGCUGAUUGGUUCUAGAUUUCUGUAUUUUGUGUUGCUUCAUUUGGGAAUUUCACCUUCUUCGCGACAACUAUGUUACUUACUUGGUUAAUUGAGCAAAUAUACUCUCUCAAAGGGUUGGCUUUAUUCAAUAUCAGCGAAAAGCGUUAAAUGCAAAAAAUAGCAACGUACACUAAUUUAUUUGUUUACUUUAGUUUCUUACAUUAGGACAUUAUGUUAUUUUCAAUCUAUCCGGUGGCCAAUGUGACAUUAAUCGCUCCAUGUCAGGUAAAUGGUGGAGGUGUUGACUGACUAAAGCACAUGUUAGACUAAGAAACCACGGAUUAAGAAUAGGGGAUAAUGGCGGUGACACUGAUGAAGUGGAAUCCAAGAAGAAGCAGAUGACGGUGGCACCUAUGCGUCGACUGCUAAGGUGGUGCUUUUUUGGAAGAAGCCGAGCCAAAACAAACCCAAAGCAAAAAAGUAAAAAAAAAGUAAAACACAGUGUGAAGUUCUCACUUGCAGUUUCUAUGAGGUUCAACCUUAUGCAUAUACCAGCUAAUACAUAUUUUAAUAACACAUAUCACAGUUACAUUUAUUCUGUUCAUUCAAUGUUUCAUAUUGGACACACUUUAUUAUGAAUAGUUCUAUAUGUAUCUCGAUACUUUGUAUACAUUUCCUCUUAAUGUUUGAUAUUGGAGGCAUUUUAUUUGAUCCGCGGAAUCCGGCUCUGCAACCCC